AUGUCUUCCUCACUCUACACCUUCUCCGACUCAACAAAACAGCAUCUGCGCAAAUUCCGCCUCAGCACCUCACGCUCCAAUGACCCUCAGGCCGUGAUAUACUUCAUCGACAAACAAACCAAGGAGAUUCGCCAAGAUGAAGAUGGCACAGUCUACAAAUCCCUCGAUGAAAUCGCCGAUGACCUCCCUGACCACUCUCCCCGAUUCAUCCUCCUGAGCUACCCUCUAACUCUUCCAUCCGGGAGAUUAUCCGUACCAUACGUCAUGAUUUACUACAUGCCCACCACAUGCAACAGCGAGCUGAGGAUGCUGUACGCCGGUGCCAAGGAGCUCAUGCGAAACACGAGCGAAGUCACCAAGAUCUUGGAUCUAGAGACCCCAGAGGAGCUGGAGGAGAUCCCGGAAAAACUCGGUGCCUAA